AAGCUUCCAAAGUCCCCCACCAUGGCCAUCCCAGCCCUGCUUUGUGUGCUGAGAUCUCCCUUGGCCUCCAGACAUGAGGGUGCUCUUUGUGGUCUUUGCUCUGCUCCUGGUUUCCUCCUUGGCCACCCCAGGGCACGGGCAGCCUAAGGGCUUUUGUGGUGGGUAUUGUUCCUACCUGUGUGGCAAAAGGGAUGAGUGGACUUUCAGCCAGUCCUGUGGGAAGAUGUACUGCUGCAUCCCCCCACCCAAAAAGGGAAAAUGAUUCUGAAAGGGUCCAGCCCUGGAGGAGGAGCAGCAGCAA